UUAUUUUCAGGUGAAGCAGUGCAAGUUAAAGUUGGCAUUCAUAUUGUGUAUAUUGGAAAUUUUAGAGAGUCAGAUAUGGUAAGAUCAAAUCAUGGGUAGCUCAGUCUGUAUUUUCUGAACAACGAGAUACUUCAACUUUUAUGACGAGCGCCUUUUAUUCCACUUUUACAGCCCUGUUAAAGGCAUGGUCAUGUCCUGUAGUUUUAACUUAUUUAUUUUUCGGUUGACCUGUAAGGAAUACACAAUGGAGAUGUAUUUUCGGCAAUAUUGGAAAGACGCAAGAUUAGCUUUCCCUAAACUGAAUGGGCCUGUGACUUUCAGUGGUGAACUCCCUGAUGUCUUAUGGCAGCCAGACACGUACUUUGAAAAUGGCUUCGACGGUAGACUACACCAUUUAACAGUUUUGAAUAAGUUCCUGCGUCUUCAUCCUGACGGAAGUGUGAUGGUGAGCACCAGGUAUGGAAAACUGAUCUGAUGUUAACUGUUAGUGGAGGACGACAGGAAGUUCCGUUUUUACGGUUUCUUUAAGUAAUCUCGUAGGUUGGCUCAACUGCAAUGAAAUCUUUGUUUUUUCAACUUUUUAUUUAUCUCCUUAUUAACUUGUAAACAAAAAAACAGUCAGAAAAAAACAUAAAGAAAAGCAGAACAAAACAACACAGGACGGUACCAAAGAAAAGGAAAGAAAAAAUGAUCAUGAUCAAAAUAGUAUACUUUUUGUUUUGUUAGGUUAACCUUGACCUGUUCUUGUGAGAUGGACUUCAGGAGAUUCCCAAUGGAUACACAGAUUUGUGACCUUCAUUUCGCUAGUUGUUAGUUAUUAACUUACAGUAAAGGUGUAAUGAUCACCAUUUUUAAAUUUCGCUCACUUUUAAGACUAGACGUCUGAUGAGGAUUUAAGACAUUUUUAAGUGUACUGUUGUAUGUAAGACAUAUACUGGUAAUACUUAAAGUACUGAUUUCAAAUUUUAUUUUGGUUUUUAGAUGGUUUCACAACACGGGAUUUGAUCUACAGCUGGAAUGAUGAAUUUGUUUCAUAUGGAAAUGCUAAAGAAAACGCACAAUUUUCCCUCAAAACAUUUCGCUAUCUUAAUGGAACAAGAACUUACGCCACAGGUGAAGCAUCACUUUAGAUUAUAACAUUGAGCAUAUAACAACACACCUCAAUAUCAUCAUUUAUGGAAGGAUGUUGGCUCCACAUAAAAUUGACCGUCACAAAGAAAAAAACUGACGUAAGAAUGGUGAUUUUUUGUAACAAACACAUGGGUUAAAGGUGUAAUCAUCACCAUUUUUAAAUUUCGCUCACUUUUAAGACUACACGUCUGAUGAGGAUUUAAGAUCAUAAUGGUGAUUUUUUUAAAUUAUUCUUUUCCUUCCGUUUCUUAGAAGUAUAUCCUUUUACAUUCCAGGUCACUUUUCGUACCUUGGUGUUCGCUUCAUUUUCGUUCGACGCUUAAGCUUUUUUUUGGCAAAAAUAUACGUUCCCGCAAUGCUGGUUGUUUUCGUUUCCUGGCUUUCUUUUUUCGUUGACAAGAACUCUGUUCCCGCUCGGGUAUCCCUUGGAAUUACAACAGUUCUCACGAUGACUACGCUUAUAAUGGGUCUGGGGCAAGACUCCUUACCAGUAGUGUCAUAUAUGAGGGCGCUAGACUGGUACCUAAUUGUGUGUUACUUGUUGGUUUUUGGUUCAUUCGCCGAAUAUGCUGUCGUCAACUACACAAGCAAGUUUCAUUUAAGGCGAAGGAAUGUAGGUGUCAAAUGUAAAACUGUGAUAAUAUAG